CCGUCAGACAAUUUGAAAAGCCGUAAAAGAAAAUCCUUAUUAAUGUCGUCGUUAUUUGUUAAUGCAAUUAUUAAUGGUGUGUUUGUGUAUAUAAAAGGAAAGGGCGAUAACAAUCUCAUCAUCAAAAUAAACAAAACACAGUUUAAAAUAAAACAAUCAAAAGCUAAUCGAUUCUCAUCAUUAAUGGCGAUGUCAGGAACAUACGUGACAGAUGUGCCUCUAAAGGGUACGGCAGAGAAACACUACAAGAGAUGGAGGAGCGAGCAUAACCUCUUCCCCGACGCCAUUGGCCAUCACAUCCAAGGAGUCACCGUCCACGAUGGCGAUUGGGACUCUCACGGCACCAUUAAAAUCUGGAACUACACUCGUGAUGGGAAGGAGGAAAUGUUCAAGGAGAUGAUAGAGAUGGACGACGAAAAGAUGGCCGUGACGAUAAAUGGGCUCGAGGGUCACGUGAUGGAGGAGUUAAAGGUGUAUGUUGUAACAUUUCAUUUCAUCCCCGCGUCUGAGGAAGGUUGCAUCUGCAAAGUCACUAUGGUGUGGGAGAAGCGGAACGAAGACUCUCCUGAGCCUAUCAACUACAUGAAGUUCGUCGAGAUGAUGGUUGCUGACAUGGAUGACCACAUCCUCCAGGACCAGGAAUGAUGAUGCUUCAUCAUCAUCACAUCCUCUUUCGUUUAUGUGUGUCAAAUAAAUUUGUGUGUUUGUUUCGUCCAUGACACUUCCUACUAUCAUCAUGGUGUUUUAUGUCCAACUUUUAUUUAUAUGAAUAGUAUUGUUCUUCGUUUAUUGAUAUAUCUGCUAUAUUGGAUUGAAAUAUCAUAUAGGCUGCCACAAUAUCUGAUCUG